AUGCCACCAACCCUGAACUCAAAGGCCCUGGCAGCAGUGAAAUCCUUUCCUGAGUCUGACAAGACAUACUUGGUCUUUGGCAAGGGAACCAUCCACAGUGUGAGUCAAAUUUUUCAAGAUCCAGGCUUGCCUGAUGAAGUAGCCCAGGAUAUUGAUGCCAAGUUUCAGGAUAAGCUUGUAUACCGGGUUUUCGAGGUGGAUAUGAUUAGAGUCAAGUGGGGGGAAACUCACAAUGUUUUCCGUAGUGUGCGGGUGGUACUCUGCAGUGCUGAAGAUAGCCAUGAAAAGAAUCUAUUGUCAACGUUUGUCGCUGCUUGCUUGGAACCGGAAGGCAAAACCUAUUUGGAUACACCCGCUCCCGCAGAUGGUUCGAGACCCAAAAAGGUGCUUUUUGCCACAUCGCCCUGUGCCAAACACCCACAGAUCAGAACAUUCAUGGCCAUGAUGGGCUGUAAGGACAUUGAUGUUGCUGAUUCGACUGUUCUGCAGCUGCUGGAACAGCAACCCAAGACCGCCAUGAAGAAAGUAUCCCCAUUCUCAAAGAAAGCGACUCCUCAUUUGUAUGACCAUGCAGCUGGCAACCAGUGUGGGAAGUGCGGGAAAGUUGGCCCCAGCCUGAAGAAGUGUUCUUGUGGCAAAGCCUACUACUGCAGCAAGGAGUGCCAGGCAGAUCAGCGGCGCAGCCAUCGAGCAGAUCACAACAAAGCCAUGAAAAAGGACAACAAAAAGUCCUCAAAGAAAAUGGCCAACAAGAAGUCCUCGAAGUAG